ACUGCUACCUGGUACAAUAAGGCUGCUUUCGGUGCCCCACAAGUACAAUAAUAGCAAAACUUUUACCAAAUGAAAAUCCAAUCCAGAUCUUUUUCAGCUCAGUCAAGCAAAGCUUUGAGAAUAUUAUGAAUAGUUUUUUCAUACAUUUUUAUUUUUAAUUUCUUUCUUUACCAACUGAACCCAAAGUUUCAAACUUUAAUUUUGUAUUGCUUAUUACCCAAUAUAUUAUUUUCCUUACCUUCUGUUGGUGGAGACUGGUACCUGCAAUUCUCAGAAAAUGCCACACCGCCUAUUCUCUUGUAUCGAGGACCUCUUAGUGAUCUUCCAUGGAGGUCCCUCCGUAGUCCAACAUAAAAGGAAAUAGUGGAUCAAAAUCAUUUCGAAAAGAGACAGCUCCACAGCCAAACACAGCCUUUCUCUGCCUGCCGUAUGUAUUUUUUUUAAUUUUAUUUCAAAGUAAAUUGCUUUCUCGACCAAAAUUACAUUUUGGGUAGUUUUGAGGUUAUCAUGAGCUCUUUCUGUGCUUCUCUCCUUUGCUAAAAAGGUCUCUCUGUGUUGUUUUUCAAGCAUAUCCAGCAGCUCAAAAACAGGAGUUCCACCAUGCUUAAGCAAAUUCUAAGCAAACUCCCCCGCAAGUCGCCAAAAUCUGAUUCAUUAGAUUCUGCAGGGAGUGAUUCUGGCAGCAAUACUCCCAAUUUGGGCAAUGGGUUCCAAUGUACAAUUGGUGGCAGUUCUCUUACAAGCAAAUUAAAUGUUGUCAAACGGGUGUCUUCAGCAGUUUUCCCAUCAAGCAUUGCAGCUGGAGCUGAGGCAGUAGAGCCCCAUCUAUCCUUCAAAGAGGUUUCAAAUCCACAGAAGCAUAAUCUGUUUAUCAGCAAGCUGAACCUUUGCUGCGAGUUCAUUGAUUCCAGUGAUCCAGUUAAGCAAGAUCUUAAACGUGAAACAUUGAUAGAACUUGUUGAUUUUGUUUCUUCUGGAUCUGCAAAGUUCAGUGAACCAGCGAUUUCUGCCUUGUGUAAGAUGUGUGCAAUGAACCUGUUUAGAGUUUUCCCACCUAAAUACCGAUCUAAUUUUACUGGGGGUGAAACAGACGAUGAAGAACCAUUGUUUGAUCCUGCUUGGUCACAUCUGCAAAUUGUGUAUGAUCUUCUGGUUCGGUUUAUCAGUUAUAGUUCACUUGACAUAAAGGUGGCGAAAAAGCAUGUGGAUCAUUCUUUUAUCGUAAAAUUACUUGAUCUCUUUGACUCUGAGGACCCAAGAGAAAGAGACUGUUUGAAAACCAUUCUGCAUAGGAUUUAUGGAAAAUUCAUGGUACACAGACCUUUUAUAAGAAAAGCUGUCAGCAAUAUCAUAUAUCGGUUUGUUUUCGAAACUGAAAGGCAUAAUGGAAUUUCGGAGCUGUUGGAGAUUUUUGGGAGUGUAAUUAGCGGGUUUGCUUUGCCACUGAAGGAGGAACACAAGAUAUUUUUGUGGAGGGCUCUGAUUCCUCUACACAAACCAAAGUCAGUGGGUAUUUAUCAUCAGCAAUUGACAUAUUGUGUUGUACAGUUUAUAGAUAAGGAUCCGAAGUUGGCAAGUACUGUAAUAAAAGGGUUGUUGAAGUACUGGCCAGUAACAAAUAGCCAGAAGGAGUUGAUGUUUUUGAGUGAGUUAGAAGAGGUUUUGGAAAUGACUAGCAUGGACGAGUUCCAAAAGGUCAUGGUCCCACUGUUCCGGCGAAUAAGAUGCUGCCUCAAUAGUUCCCAUUACCAGGUGGCUGAACGAUCUCACUUGCUGUGGAACAAUGAACACAUCCUUAACCUUAUUGCGCAUAACCGCCAGGUGAUCUUGCCGCUUGUCUUCCCAGCGAUUGAGCGAAACACCCAAAACCACUGGAAUCAAGCAGUGUUGAACCUGACGCUGAACGUGAAGAAGAUGUUUAGCGAUAUGGAUGAGGAGCUGGUACUUGCCUGCCAAUGUAAGUUGGAGGAGGAAGAUAUAAGGUCAAGCGCUGCAGCUGAGAAGCGCAGGUUAACAUGGGAACGCUUGGAAACUGCUGCUGGUGUCCAACCCGUAGCUUGUAACUUUUUAGCUCCGAUAAAGACUGCUGCUUGUCCUGUUGUCUGCUAAAUUCUCAAGUAACGGAAUUUGGCAUGCAUAAUGUGACAGCUCUAAUUGAGUAUCAAAAUUUUGGUUCUGAAUCGGACCAAGAGAUGACUAAUGGAUUCGUGUUAGUGCUUGGAUGUUGUUUUGAAUUGUAUUGAUCAUGAUCCUGCUGCGCUGAAGAAGAUCGUAAGGAACCCUUUUGCUUGACGUUAUGUUUGUUGACACAUCUUGUAUCUUUACAGAAGGGUGGUUUGUUGUGGCCUGUCGUUUGUAAGUUGUAUUUUGUCUCCCUAUUAAUUAGAUGGUGAUCGUGCUUAUGAAUGUUAAGCCAUUGGCUUUCCAAUGUCCAAAAGAUGUAUAGCUAAAUUUAUGUCCUCCCCAUUUCGUUUUUUUUUUUUGGGAGGUGGGUAGUUUUCGGGUUUGGGACAACAUGUUUGACCUGCGCUAGCACGGAAUCACAUGUACUAGGUGAAGUUCAUAAAUCUAAAUGUUGUUACACUGACUUUUGGAACAACUUUUCACUGAUGUAUGCUACAGAUUUUUGUGUUA